UUAGCUGGGUUGGUGCAGCCCAAGGACGCAAGCACUCGCUGGCGGACUCUCAUUCGCGUGCUGCGAAACGGCCAUCGCACGCACAGCCAAGCCCUACGCAAGAACUCGUUGUCAGACUUCCAUUCGCGUGUCGCAAAGCCGUGCAUCAACAACUCAAUUCCCAAGCACUCACUGGCAAAACGCGGUUGGCGACCCGCGAGACGCGCACCACAACUUCUUAGGCUCAGAACCCGCUACGAACUUCCUUUCGCGACCUGCGAACAGCCGUUUCUGCACUACUCUAUGCCCAAACUCGCUGCGAACUCCGUUUCGAGACCCGCGAAGUUCAGCAUUUCAUUAAAUGUGUGUGUUUUUAGU